AGCAAUGGCUACAUGCUGCUGUCGAGGACGUCAGGUGCCGCGUCGAAGGGCGGGAUCAAGUACACCGACAAGGUGUUGAUGACCUUUUCCGACACCGAUGGAGGUUGUGCCAUUACUGGUUGCAGCGAGAGCCAGUCGACAUCGGUCUUUGAUUUCUCCACCAACUACUGCAACAUUCACGACCUCUACUGCGGGGAAGCAGAGGGCUGCCCGACCGUGAAGCACAGCUUCGCCGUCGAGGAGAAGAACAUCAAGCCGUCCUCCGGCGCAGGCACAAAAGCUGAGGAGUGCAAGGGGAAGAAGCAGGCGGCGAGGAUGUUGACGGUGCUGCCCUAG